GUGUGCUACCACGAGGCGUUGCCGCUGUGUUCCCGCUUCUUCCCGUACAUGGCCAUGCUGCAGUCUCUGGUUCUGGUGGCCAGCGGCUCCUUCUGGCUCCACUUCCCUCACACCUCCGCCCGCAUAGAGCACUUCCUCGCCAUCUUGUCCAAAUGCUGCGAGUCCCCAUGGACAUCUCAGGCUUUGUCUCACGCCGCCCGACAGGAAAGCAUCCAAGAGAAGGAAGUAGUGGAGGAAAGACAACCGCCUCAACCUCCUCUAUCUUCAAACUCAUCUUCAGCUCCGGUAGUCCGAACCAGAGGAUCGAGCAUAGACUCAGGAACAGAUAGCCCCCUUUUAAAGAGGUUAGGUGGUGCGUCCUUUACCCCUCCUUCUCCAUGUCCUUCCGCACACUCCUGUCACUCCAACAUCUCGUCCUUAUCCCUCGGGUCCCAGGUGAACUUUACUUCUUCCAAGCCCUCUCUCAUGGUGGAUAGUCCCAGGCAGGUGAUCAGUCUGGAUAAAAGUGACGGGGAACAAACCAGAGCGCUGUUCGAAAGGGUCAGGAAGUUUCGGUCCCACUCGGAAAGCGCAGAUGUCAUCUAUAAGGUGUACUUGGCUCAGACGGUAUUCAAACUGCUGAUGGUGACGGUGAUCUUCAGUUACACCAUCCCUCUGCUCAGCUCCCUCUCCUUCACACACACCUGUCGCCCAGAGGAAGAGGCCUUGGUUGGAUACACCACCUUCGAGUGUAUCCAUGUUCUCUCCUCUCUUCUACGCAAACUACUGCUGGCUUACCUGACCCUGCUGGGGCUUUAUGGCCUGCUGAACCUCUACACCCUCAGUUGGAUUUUACACAG